AUGUUACCACCGGCGAAGAAAAAGUGGGGUGCCAAAACGGCGUGGGCGAGGGCGUUCUUUUGUUUGGAGGCAGCCGAUGGCGACGCGGGCACUCCCGUCCCCCCUAUCCCGCCAGAGCCCCAUAGCUCACAAACGCCAAGGGAGGAUCGACCUCCGGAAACGAACCCGCCACGGGGGCCCCCGGCAGAUGACGAGGCCGCGAUCCGCCCAUACGGCCUAGAAAAGACGACGGACCACAGCUUAGCUCGCCUGGAGCGAACCCAACGAAAGCGCGAGCGCCUGGCGGCGCUCAAUCCGCGUUCGGUAUGGCGCUGCAGGCGGUGCGCGAUGGGGCUGCGGCUGCCCGUGGAUCCCGUUAGCGGGAGGCCCUCCACCCUCGCGUUGGUUCGCCACCUGGAAGGUGAGGGCGACCUUUCGCUGCGGUGCUCCGCCGGCCCCCUCCCGUACUCUCCGGAGGCGGACGAUCCGCACGAAAGGAGCCCCACCGCGGAAUCCGAAUUCACCGCCGCGAAGCGGGCGCUUGAGAGGAUUCUGCAAGAGGCCUCCACGGCAGGGGGAAAAGGGCCGCGCGCGCGCGGCGGGGCCGCCGUCCCGCGUGUGUUUGUCGUCGUCGAGAAUCCCAAAACACCGGCGAACGUGGGGGGGAUCCUUCGCGCCAUGGGAUGCCUUCUGGAUCCGAUGAACCCCGAGGAGGGGGUUCAGAGCCGGCGCUCCCAACAUAGCGCCGCCGCGGGUUUCAUCUUCAGUGGUGAGCGGCUCGCGCGGGCGGUGGUGGCGCAGCGGCAGCGCAAUAGCCAACCCUCAACGAAGCCGUCCUGCGAGAGGAUGGUUCCUCUGAUAACCGGCACGGAUACGCAAGGGGCGGCCGCGUUUAUCCCUCAGCUGUGUCUCCCCUCCCUGCAGGUGUUAUUUGAUGUCCUAAAGGAACGACGAGUACGAACCGCGGGAGGUGACGAGGUGGCGGUGGUAGCGGUGGAGCUCGCGAGGGGAGCCACACCACUACAAAAUUUUGUGCAUCCGUUCUCACUCGCUUCGAGUACUCAUUCCGGGUCUCCACAUACCUCUCGGCAAGAUGAAGAAGGGACUCUGGUUCCCACUGAGGUCAAAUUUGCCCGACAACUCAACCACCCAACGAAACCGAAUCCCGACUGGCUGCAGGCAUCCACAACGGUUGAUGCCGAUGAGUCUGCAGUUUCACCAUCACGACAAACUCCAGAAGCCCAUCAACUUGACGAAUCCAUCACGGCAUCGCUUGUAUUUUACCUCUUUGGUGCCGAAGAUAGCUCCAUUUCGAAGUGCUUUCUCGACCAAUGCAAAGAGGUGGUGUUUAUACCAACUUAUGGUAGUGUCAACCUCUCAGCCUCUGUUAAUGUGGUACUGUACGAUCGCGUUGCGAAGGAUCUCGUGGCAGAAUUUAAUGAAUCGUUGAUAAGUGCUGAGGCAAUGAGCUAUGAGGAGCGGUGGGGUAAGAUGCUCGCUCAUCGAAAUCCCAACAACCGACUCAACUUUUCGUAG